CUGGUUGGACGUCGUUGGCAAAGCGGUGGCCCGUGUUAGCUAAUGAAGGUUUAAAACAAAAACAAAAAACAAAGUCUAAAAACUAAACUUCCUGACCAUUUUGUGUUGUGUAGUAAUAUAUGUACGUAUAAAGCAAACAUGCAACGCUUGAGCCUUUUUAUGAAACAGGCUGCAGCAGCAGUCGCCCAGCAGCAACACCUGCGACCCUUGUCAAUCCAAUGGAAUCUGGCCCAGAACCAAAAGCCGAUGGGUGGAAAUCCAGGUGCACCCAAGCCCAGAGACUCCCGGGGCCCCAAGGCGUCUGUCCAGAAGAUCACCCUCAUCCAGCAGAAUCAGUCGAUGAGCAUCACCACCUUGGAGGAGGCCCAGAAACUGGCCAAAAGGCGGGAUCUGCACCUGUUGCGCUUGGAGCAAACGGAUGCCAAAACGGGAAGAGCCAUGUUCAAACUAGUCACCGCUGCCGAAAUGCUGUCGGAUGAUGCGGAUCAGUCCAAAUCCCCAUCGGAUAAAGCUAAGGAGAAGAAGUCUGAGAAAUCCUUGACCAUUGGCGCCCGCAUCACAGAGCAUGAUCUCUCCUCGAGGCUGAAGAACAUUGUCAAGUGGCUGGCCAAGCGGCAUGAGGUGCGCAUCCUCAUCCAGGGCAAUUCCAGUGGAUCCGACGAAAGCAGCGCUGAACGCAUAGUCAAAGCCAUCGAGGAGACCAUUAAGGAGCCACAGUUGAUUGGCAGAAUAGUCCAGAAGCGCAGCAAGAGCAGCUUCAUCAAGUUCAGCAUUAUCCCAGUGGCUGCUCCACCUGUCGCCACCGAUAAACCCAGUGCGAAGCUGUCCUGACAACUACCGCCGUUGCCUCGGAUGAGUCAUAGUCACGGCACGGUUAUAGCAAAGUCUCAGAACUUCGCCUUUCAAAUAUCUGCCCGCCAUUUUUCUGAUAGGAUCAAAAAGGAACAUGAAAAGACCGUCGAGACCAAUAUCGUCAUCACGACUGGGGUGCUCUUUCUUUUGUUUUUCCUUAAGUACUUCUACUGGCAUCAGCAUUUUAUGAAACUCAAGGAGGAACAAGAACAAGAAGCCCAAAGAAGGAAAAUAAAAAGAAGUAAAGAACUUUCAGCUCAAUACGAUCACAGCCUGCAAAACCACGAUUAGGGCUUGAAACCUGUUUUAAAAAUUGUUAAUUGGCUCAAAAUUAUACCAUUAUUUUAAAUAAAACACCAUCAAAUCGCA